AUGUCCGUCACAACAAAAGCAACCAUCGCAUCCUUCGGCGGCAAGCUCCUCAAGCUCAGCCAUGCCGCCACCUCCACCCGCUGCGAAAUGUCCUUCAACCUCUACCUGCCUCCCCAGGCCUUCCAGAACCCUUCCCAGAAAAUCCCUGUUCUCAUCUACCUCUCCGGCCUGACCUGCACCGCCGACAAUUGCUCCGAAAAGGGCUUCUUCCAACACGGCGCCAGCAAGAAAGGCAUCGCCGUACUGUACCCUGACACCAGCCCGAGAGGACUAGACAUCCAGGGCGAGAACGACGCCUGGGACUUCGGCACCGGGGCCGGAUUCUACGUCGACGCGACCAAGGAGCCCUACAAGGGUGGCUAUAACAUGUACACCUACGUGACGGAGGAGCUGCCCAAGACCGUCUUUGCGGCUUUCCCGCAGUUGGACGAGAGCCGCAUUAGUAUCACGGGCCAUAGUAUGGGUGGUCAUGGUGCUCUGACAUUGUUCCUCCGUAACCCGGGCAAGUACAAGUCUGUCUCGGCGUUUGCCCCCAUCUCGAACCCCAUCAACUGUCCCUGGGGCCAGAAGGCCUUCGCUGGCUACUUUGGCGAGGACCAGCAGGAGAAGUGGAAGGAGCACGAUGCAACGGAGCUGGUGAAGAAGUGGAAGGGUCGCUUGGAUGUGCUUAUUGAUGUGGGAACCGGCGACAACUUCUACAAGCAAGGCCAGCUUCUUCCUGAGAACUUCGAGAAGGCGGCCAAGGAGGCCGGCGUCGAGGGUCUCCAAGUCCGCUACCAGCCGGAUUACGACCACAGCUAUUUCACCAUGGCGACGUUCUCAGAUGACCACGUCGAGCACGCGGCCAAGUACUUGUUUGCAUAG